AUGGCCCAAAGAAAUAAAAACAAAUCAACCUCUGAGAAAAUUCAAAGCUUCCAAAAUGAACUAACAGAAAGAAGCCAGAACUAUCUACUUAACCUUGAGGAGCAAUCAACAUCCAGUACUUAUUCGACCCUAAACAAUCAAGAAAGCAUUCAAGAUCUUUUGAAAGAAAUUGCUAAGGCUUUCCAAGAUACAGCAAUCAAAGUUCUUGAGAGGUUUGGUGAACAAGAAGUUAUUCUUAAAAAAUUUAAUCAGUAUAAUAAAAUGAGCAAAAGAUGGUUAGAAGAA